AUGAAGGACUUUGAUGAGAUGAACCUUUCGCUCGUCACUGUUGGCCAAUUUUUACCAGAGGCCUUGUAUUGUAUCGACGAUUCACCGCUCCAAAACCAGACUCUCUUCCCCGGAUGCUACGGAAUAUGCGCAAACCCUGAUGUCUCCGGCAUAGGAAACAGAAUUUCUUUGUACAUUCAGACAAUCUUGACUCUCUGGCUUGCAACUCUAACCCCUCAUCCGGACGAUACUCUUGGUGCUAUGCUAGCAGGUAUUGCCGCUUCCUUUACCGUCUUCGUUGCCACUCUAGCUCAAUACGCAUACAAUAAUAUCACAUUUCAUCAUACACUCAUCACGAUCAAUCUUUCCGCGUUGCCUACCGUCGCUUUUUUUGCUGGUAUCUUGCGGCUUCGACUCCAACCUGGUGUAAUCCCCAUGGGUCCAAAGCUCUUUGCAACGCCCAUCAUGCUUAUCCAAUUCAUUGCCUGCGCAGUUUCUGUAUUCCUUGGCGUCGGACUCAAUUCCAUUGUGGGCGGAAGGAACGACAAUAGUGCGGGUAGGGGAGGUAGUGGAAGUUGGGAAGUAGCUCAACCCCAGUGCAACAAUGAGACAAAAGUGAUCAUCUUUGGACGGAGUCUUCGAUUUUGCACGCCCAAGGGUCGCGGAACCUCUACAGGAAGUCAGUGGGAUGACGCCGGCGGAACGAGUCCUCAUUUUGGUCGUCUAUGGAAUCAUUGUAUUCUUGCCAUUCUUGUGUUCAUUCGUUUGCUUGUACCUCCCAGAGACAGGCAAGUUGUCCACCUCUUGUUAGAGUCUUGGUUGACCAUGACCCGAGGAACCCUUCGUGCAUUUGCCCACGCAUUUCAUCAGGAAAGGCGAACCAACAAGUUUGCUCUCUUUGCUUUCUUCAUCCUCAGCAACGCUUGGGUAAUGGUUCUGAUCUAUGCGAAUGAAACCCAGAUUAGAGAGAACAAGGUUCUCGCUGGAGAAUCUCAAUGGGGUUCCGGUCAGAUUCUCGCAAUGCUCCUUUGUAUUAUCCCACUCCUCGGCUGCAUCAAGAUCUUUAUCCAAGAAGUGGGAAACAGGAAUCGUAAAUGGCGUCAAAUGUUCAAGCGCGCGCGCCUCCAUCGAUUCUUUGGGGUUCGAUUUGAAUCCAAUUCGGCCACCUCGACGACACCGGUUACACCAGCUCCUGGAACCCCUCGACGGUCUCUCAGUCGUGGACCAGGAGAGUCAAAGGAUCUCGAAGACGGACUCAAAGCCCCGACAGCCUCGCCAAAGAGUCCAAAGAGUCUGAACGCCCAAACGCCCACAUCGCCACGCGAUCAAGAUGGGGAUUACUUUUCGCAAAAGACGCGUCCGGAGAUGGCGAGUCGACGACUUUCGAAGCGGGACCGGUAUAGCAUCAAGCGACCAGAGGAUAUUGUCAUCGUAUCGCCCGGCGAGGAUUCAGGGCCAGAGGACGCACCAGGAUCAGGAUAUGGCCGACGGCCGAGGCUGGGAAGGGAAAGCACGCUAGUAGAUACACCUGACGCGACGAUCAAAGAGAACAAACGCGAGCGAACGAAGAGCGUGGGUAGUAUUGCCGGGCACAGUGUGCGUUCCAUAUCGGGCAACGUCAAAGUCAUCGUCCAUCCCGAUGGACGCAUGUCUCGCGUCCUCUCCCGUCGCAAUUCGAUGGUGGGCGGUGGAGAGGACAAGGUCAAGUACCGCGAGGACGACGAUCGUCCAAGGCAGCGUCGUCGGUUGUCCAAGAGUCGACCAGACUCGCGAGCCGCCUCUCGUAAAUCAGAUGACGAUGAUGGUGGAUAUUGGUCCGCUGUAGAUGACCACGAGUCUACACGAGGAGGAAGGUUGAGCAGGCGGGAUUCUGCCGCCAAUGAUGAAACGAUUCGACGCGCAGAGACGGUUGAGCGCGGUCGCAGGCCGUCUUCGGGUAGCAACAAGAACGACGACCCGCUCUCCAAGUACUAUUGGGAUCCCCAGCGUGGUUGGUUGGAGCGCAAGUGA